AUGGCAGACAAGGUUGUUGAGGCAUUUCUUGGAUCUUUAUUUGGUGUGAGACAACUGUUAGAUGAGAUUGCAACUGAUGCACCAGUGAAGAAGCUGAAGGCCGAAUCUCAACCUUCUACUAGCAAUAUUUUCAACUUCAUUCCAACUCUUGCCAAUCCAUUUGAAUCUAGGAUCAAAGACUUGCUAAAGAAUCUAGAUUAUCUUGCAGAGCAAAAGGAUGUGCUGGAAUUGAAAAAUGAAACUCGGGUCGGUAAAGAAAUUAGAGUCAGCUCGAAACCUUUAGAAAGACUCCCAACCUCAUAUCUGGUGGAUGCAUAUGGCAUAUUUGGUAGAGACAACGAUAAAGAUGAAAUGAUCAAAACUUUACUUUCAAACAAUGGCAGCAGCAACCAAACACCUAUAAUCAGCAUAGUGGGUCUGGGUGGGAUGGGUAAGACCACUUUUGCUAAGCUUGUGUACAAUCACAACAUGAUAAAGGAGCAUUUUGAACUUAAAUCUUGGGUCUAUGUUUCAGAAUAUUUUGAUGUUGUUGGACUCACCAAAGCAAUCCUAAAGUCAUUUAAUUCUUCAGCAGAUGGUGAAGACUUGAAUCUACUCCAACAUGAACUGCAACACAUACUAACAAGAAAGAAAUACUUUCUUGUUUUAGACGACAUCUGGAACGGGAAUGCAGAACGUUGGGAGCAGGUACUGCUUCCGUUUAACCAUGGAUCUUCUGGAAGUAAGAUUAUUGUGACAACACGUGAAAAGGAGAGUGUGUGUGAAUAUCCAAUUCUUGAAUCAAUUGGUAGGAAAAUAUUGAACAUGUGUGGAGGGUUGCCUUUAGCUAUAAAAUCACUGGGCCAACAUUUGCGGAAAAAGUUUUCUCAAGAUGAAUGGAUGAAGAUAUUGGAGACUGAUAUGUGGCGUUUAUCAGACAGAGACCAUUCCAUUAACUCAGUACUGAGAUUGAGUUACCAUAAUCUCCCUUCCAGUCUAAAGUGUUGCUUUGCCUAUUGCUCCAUUUUCCCUAAGGGUUAUAGAUUUAAAAAGGAUGAAUUGAUCAAGCUUUGGAUGGCAGAAGGAAAUCAACUUGCAGAUCUCCCCUCAAAUUUUUCCAAACUCAUCAAUCUACGUCAUCUUGAACUCCCUUAUGUAACGAAGAUUCCAACGCACAUAGGAAAGCUAGAGAAUCUUCGAGCCUUGCCUUAUUUUUUUGUGGAAAAGCAGAAAGGAUAUGAUCUUAAGGAGUUGAAGAAACUAAACCAUCUUCAAGGAAAAAUUUAUAUAGAAGGGUUGGGUAAUGUCAUCGACCCUACAGAUGCUGUGACAGCCAAUUUGAAAGAUAAGAAGUAUUUAGAGGAAUUACAUAUGAAUUUCUGUGAUAGAAUAGAAGAAAUGGAUGAGUCAAUAGUUGAAAGCAAUGUGUCUGUCUUGGAGGCUCUACAACCAAAUAGAAACCUAAAGAGACUUACAAUCUCACGAUACAAAGGUAAUAGCUUUCCAAAUUGGCUGAGGGGUUGUCAUUUACCCAACUUAGUAUCUCUUGAACUGCGGAGCUGUGAAAUUUGUUCCCUGUUGCCGCCACUUGGGCAGCUCCCAUUUCUUAAAGAGCUCCGUAUUUCAGAUUGUAAUGGAAUAAAGAUCAUCGGCAAAGAGUUCUAUGGAAAUAAUUCAAUAAUUGUUCCAUUCAGAUCUCUUGAAGUAUUGAAAUUUGAGCAGUUGGAGAAUUGGGAGGAAUGGUUAUUUAUUGAAGAGUUUCCUCUACUUAAAGAGCUUGAAAUAAGAAAUUGUCCCAAACUGAAAAGGGCCCUGCCUCAACACCUUCCUUCUUUAGAAAAAUUGAAGAUUUGGGAUAUGAAAGCAUUUUGGUAA